AUGGAAUCUUCAGAAAACGAUCCUGCGCUUGAACAAUUUCUGACUUGCAAGUGCGAAAGGGCACCGCUUAGGCAGACAUCGGAAAAACCUGAAAGUUGGGGGAAAGUUUUACUGAAAUGCGAAAAAUGUAAUUACCAGGAAUGGGAGGCGGAUGCCAUAAAGAGGCUUCAACGAUUGGGGGUAAUCGAUGCUGGUUCAGGGAAGGAUAAUAAUGUUCAAGAUGAGAUUGAAUUUUGGAAAUCUCCUAAUUCAAUUAGGCACGGUGGAAUCGGUAUAUUUCAGAACGCGGGCGACGAUGUAAUCAUCAGUCGUCUGCGAGCGUCGAACGAAACGCCAACCAACCAAAUCAGUGUUUUUGAAAAAUCACCAUCACCGACAACGCCAUCACCUGCCACGGUGACUAGCGACUCUAAUAAUGAUGCGACUCCCGUAAAUAAUGAUCGAACCUUGACGCCAAAGCAUCGAGAGAUCAGUACCAACGAACUAAUCGCAAUUAUCUCGGAUCAUAUGCAUCGUCAAGAUAGGAGGUUGUUUGCGUCUCAAAAAGAGAUCCGUUACUUACGUAGGACUUCUGAACAUCACAUACAGGAUCUGCAAAAUGAAAUGACAUUGACCAGAUCUCUGCAAGAGGAGAAUAAAUAUUUGGAAUCUCAGAUUCACUCUGCGACUCAAGUGGAAUUCGAGUCAUUGAAAAAUAAUGUAAAGUUUCUGACGUCGCAAAAUUCUGCAUAUCAUUUGGAAAUCAAGAAAUUGAGACUUGAUAACGAAGCCAAAGAUCGAGAUAUAGCUCUUUUGACAAAAAGGAUUCAGUCUCUCGAGAAAGUAAACACGUUGGCGGGAAGUAAUAUGAAUGUUGAGGAAUCGGUCAAAUCGAAAAAUCGAGAUAGGCCUUCAGAUACUCGAGCUUUCGAGAUGAAUUCGUCAAAAUACACGGGGAACACGGGUCUCAAUAACAAACGAAAUUCAUUUGGCAGUCCGACGUCGAGUGACGGAUUGUUAAUUGAGAGUUACGAGAAAAAGAUAAGGGAUCUAAAAUGUCGGAUUAGUGAACUCGUCUCGCAGAACAAUUUAUUGGCAAAUCUCAAUGUGAAAUUAAGAGAUCAACAUAACAACACUACAGGAAAGGAGGAAGCCAAACGAGACGGCAUGACAAUUGAUGAUCUGUAUAAAAGAAAUAAACAUCUGGAACAAGAGCUUGUCAACUCAUGGAAUAAAAUGAAAGAGGUUACGUUGAGGGUGGACGGAAUUUCUUCUAUGAAUGAAGAGUUGGAGGUGACAAAGAGAAAAAAGAUCAUUCACGAUUUCUCGUUCGAUUGA